AUGGUUCGAACGAGUGUUGUAUUCUACUUUACAAGAGUAUUCAAUUUUACAAGUGUAUUCUUGAUCUCCUUGUCUGAAGCGAUUUGCCCAAAAAGCGGCAUCUCUGGAACAACGCCGGGCAGCUGCUAUUUUGGCGUCAACUUUAACGAGUCCUUCAGAAAAGCGGAUAAGUUCUGUAGAGAAUUUUACGCAAACUUGGCUUCAAUUCCUUCAGAAGCCGACAACGUUAAAGUCCUGGAGUUGGGUCGAGAGCUUUGCGAUGAAGCCCGCUUCAUCUGGCUUGGCGGUACUUUUGAUGGACAUAAUAUCACUUGGCUUGAUGGAUCUCCUGUCACUUUUAGCAAUAUGGUUGCAGGUACCGAAGCUGGAAAUUUGAUCAUGAACUUGGACACUGGAAAAUGGUCAACAGCCGCCUGGAACGAGUUGCUGCCUUUCAUUUGCAUUGAGAGAACCCCUAUUACGACAACAGUUGUUGUGUCAACAUUGCCUGCAUCGACUUGCCCGGAUUGCCCGGUGUGCGAGACGACCACAGUUCAUCCACCUUGUCAUAUAACCACAACCACAACGCUUCUCCCGUCAACAACCUAUAGUCACAUUGAUCCUCGACCAACAACCGAUCCCCCAGAGCAGCCUACGAUGAACCCAGGAUCGGGUGAUCCAACUCCACCGACUGUU